AUGGAUAGAAUUUGGAUAACAUUCUUGCUAUUGAUUAUCGCCAUCAUUUACGUGCAAACGAAUGGACAAUCAACGGUGAACGUGCAGCUCGUGGUGAAGAAGUACGUCGAGCGGGGCAGUGCGGUGGCACUGUACUGCGAGAACGAUGUCCUGCCCGACAUCCUGUACAAGGUGACGUUUCUGAAGGAGGACAGCAAAAUCUUCGAGUACAUCAAAGGGCGCAGCCCACCGUACCGGAACUUCAGCAUAGCGGGUGCCGAAAUCGACUGGAAGAAGGUGACACCGUCGACGUUGACGCUGAAGAACGUGGACUAUGAUGCGUCCGGUUCGUACUACUGCGAGGUGUCGACCGAUACGCCUAUCUUCACUAAGGCGUCGAACGAUGAGAUGCUGCACGUGAUGUUGCCCCAGAAAGGUCCUCCAACGAUCGAGUUUGCCAAAAAGCAGCUGUACUACGGUGAUAUGCUGAUUGCGAACUGCACCACCUCCAGAGCCCGUCCACCGCCGCACAUUACGUGGCUUAUUAAUGGAAAGCAGGUGGAUGACUCGCACGUCCGGCAGUUACAUCACAAUUCGAAGAACAGCCAUCGGGCGAAGGUGCAGCAAACCAUCGGUCAACAAUCAGCCGUCUACCAUGGGAAAGUCAUCGGCGCUGGCAACGGUUUGGCCAGCAGUGGUAGCCUGAAGGAACUCAAACAACGAACGAAAGCGGUAGAAAACGACUUCCAGGAUAAGCUGACCAAAUCCACCAGCUCGAUGGGUCUGGGAGGCGUCACCAAUGGUGCCGGCAACGGUGGCUACUCGGGCAGCUUCGAGAUACAGCCCAACAUCGGGUACAACAGCUUCGAGAGCGGCUACAACUACGGCAUCAAAAUGCACCACCCAGGUCGGGAGCGAAGCGGUGGCAGCACGAUCGGGCUGCUGAAUGGCGCCUUCGGUGGUUCAGCGUACGGUAGCUUUGGUGGUAUGGCAGGACUCGGAUCCUUGGGCACUGGACCUGGUCUCGGGUCGCCUGACAUCGCCGUGGAGGAGAGUGAUAAAAAGACUUGGCAGCGAAACGACUACAACUAUAAUUACAACCAGUAUUACGACAAUAAGCCGCUGCAGCAGCAGCAACAGCAGCACUACGACAACGGCUACCGAAAGCACCGCACCUCGUUCGAGCACAAGUACCGGCGGCAUGUGAACGAGGGCGAACCGCGCAAGAGCCACCGGGUGUCCGCUUCCUAUAGCCAGCUGUCCAUCCGCAUCACCGAGGCACUGACGAACAACCUCGGCCGGAUAGAGAUCACCUGUCUCGCCACAAUUCCAGCACACGUCGAACCAGGCGAGCAGUACGCCGACUACAAGACUUCACUGAUCAAGCUGGACAUCGAGCAGAACGAUCAAACGUCUCCCCAGCCGUCAAUGAGUGGCAUGGCCGCCCUUGGCAACUCUGGUGCCGUGCAGAACAGCUUCCAUGCGGUACCCGUCCGUAGUCGCUCGGCUCUGGCCCUUGCCGGUGCCCUGCUUGCCCUGGCCAGUGCCCAUCGUCGUAUCCGGCCGCAGCUUGUGUAA